CAGCUGGUUCUUACGACGGUGGAACGUUUGAAGGUGUUACGUGUGCUCUUGUUUAUUAAAUAAUUUUUAGGUACUGCUGAAAAUUGAUGUAGAAACCUCAUUAAUCAUAUUUUGGGUUAAUUACAUAUUUUAACAUGACAUCAGAAGAGAAGAAAGUUCCCCAAUCUGGUGCUGUGCUGAAGGCAAAUGCCAAAGCCAAGCGUGCUGCAGACAAAAACAAGAAUGUGAUGCGUGAAGUGCGCAUUGCCAAGCUCUGCCUCAACAUUUGUGUUGGAGAGUCUGGUGACAAACUGACCAGAGCUGCCAAGGUGCUUGAGUCACUCACUGGACAGAAGCCAGUGUUCUCGAAGGCCCGCUACACCGUGCGUUCGUUUGGUAUUAGGCGUAAUGAGAAGAUUGCCGUCCACUGCACCGUACGCGGCCCCAAAGCUGAAGAGAUCUUAGAAAAGGGUCUAAAGGUGCGUGAGUACGAGCUCAGAAGAGAAAAUUUCUCAGUGAACGGAAACUUCGGUUUCGGUAUCCAGGAGCACAUUGACUUGGGCAUCAAAUACGAUCCCUCAGUCGGCAUCUUCGGCAUGGACUUCUUCGUGGUGCUUAACAGGCCUGGGUACCGCGUGUCUCAGAGGCGUCGCGCCCCAGGCACGAUCAGCCCCCAGCACCGCCUCGUCACCGAAGACGCUAUCAAGUAUUUCCAACAGCGGUACGAGGGCAUCAUCCUGCCACCCAGGUCAAAGAAGUAAAUUUGCCUGGCAAUGAU